CAGACCCUCCACCGUCAAUCAUCGUGAUGAAGGGAAUCUCCCACCUGAUAGCCUCAAGCCAGGUUCGGAAUCUACGGGUGGCGGCUAUAUUUGUUGGCGCCUUUCCCAUCUCGCAGCAGCUUCCUGCGCAAUUUCUCAAUGGCGGCUCAAUACCCGGCAACAGAAUGCGCGACGUAAAGCCCAUGAAGGAGCCAUUGAUGGCGCCCUGGGGCAUUCGCAUCAGCAAAAAAGACGUCGAAAAACUCAUGAUAGGGUUUGAGUCUGACGACAUGGACGACGAGUGGGACGCGUUGAUCGAAAAUCCAGACGGGAACGACAACAAAACCAUUUCUAUCCAUUUCUUGCGGAGCUGGACGGGGGAUGAGAUCUACAUCCUUCACCUCGACAAUGAUACAGACCAACAACAAAGCCUCCAAGAAGGCCGCACCAGGGUCCACAGCAUCACCUGGGAAGGGGACAAAAACGGCGUUUGCAUCGACGCCGAGCAGGCCAAGAAAGAGGUCGUGCUUCUGGCCAGGAAUCUGCUAUAUUGCGAGUUUGAAGAGCUUCCACAGUACGAACAUUCCGUGGUUUAUAGCCACCCUGCGUACUUUUUGGACAAGCAGGAAGAGGAGCCGACCAGCUAGCAUAUUCGAGGAUCCCUGGAGGAAUUGCGAAUACUUGGUAUCCCAGAACGACAGACGAGUCAGAGCUUACAAGGUUGGAUGAUAUUUCACGUCAUAGCUAAAGUGAGAUUUGAAGGACUGAUAUGGAUUCGAUUGUAGAGUCGACUUGAACAUGACAAACGGGGGGUAUCUUGAGGUAUGUGCCGAUGAAAAAGAGUUGGAGAAAAACAAAAGAAAACAAGACAUGAUGCGCGAAGAAGCAAUGCUGCAUAUAUGUCAACAGGCAUGCGACGCAAGCACAUUUCGUUGAGAAACACAAACGAAAGAAAAGAAAAAAAGAAAAAACAAUGCUCAUUGAAAUCCAGUGCCGUGCAUACGCCCGCCUUCCAUGACAGUUACUGAUGGAAACCCUUUUGUUCCAUCCGCGGCGCUGCCCUGCUCUCCCCAAAAGAUGCCACAGCGAACAAAGUUGUUGUCGUAUGCCAUCGCUCGCUGUCUUGGGCUCACUGUAUCUUGGAAGAUCUCAUAAACGCCUUAAAUGUGCGUUUAGUGGCAUGCCCAAGGGGGGGAGGGGGGAUGUAUGUUUCCAAGGGAACCGGUUUUUUAUGAGAAGAAAAAAGAUCCCGGCGAAGUUGUGCUGCCUUUCACUCAUUGCCUGCGUCCGAACCAGCUCGAGUUGGAAAGCUGGCGCGUGAUGGGGACCGAGCCGCUGGUGCUGCUGCGGUCGCUGUCCAUGGACCGCUUCUCCGGAAAGCCGCCCGGCGACGGGAGGGGGCUCGGGACUGUGGUGGCGGCAGCACCGCUGCCCUGGCGGCUCUGGCGCCAUGAGGCGUAGAUCUGCUUGCCCCAGUGGGCGGACAUGGAUGGGGAGGGCGACAUGGUGUUUUUUUUUUUUUUUUUUUUUUUUU